CGUCAAUUCUAAGGUAGAUUCACGAAGAAGACCAACCUCUAUUAAAUCUGUCAAUCGUUCUCUGCAAUCAACAAUUCUUGAAGUUUCUGUCUCACCGUUUCUCUGGUGCACAAGCUCUUUCACACGGAGAGGAGAUCUCGGUUCCUCUCUAUGCAACUAAAGAUCUGACACAUAUUUGCCGAGACAGACUUCAGAAAAUGGAUCCUUUAGGUCGUUUCAAGAUCUGGGUCUUGACUGUAUUACUCAUUGUCCAAUCUGGAUCUGGGUUUUACCUGCCCGGUAGUUACCCUCACAAGUACGCUGUCGGUGACACUUUGUCAGUGAAAGUGAAUUCCAUCACUUCUAUUGAUACAGAAAUGCCUUUUAGUUACUACAGUUUGCCCUUCUGCAAGCCCGAAGGGGGUAUCAAGGACAGUGCUGAGAAUCUUGGUGAGCUCCUUAUGGGAGACAGGAUUGAGAACUCCCCCUAUCGGUUCAAGAUGUUCACUAAUGAGUCUGAGGUCCUUCUGUGUCGGACCGAUCCGUUAUCAGCUGAUAACUUUAAGAUCUUGAAGAAGAGGAUUGAUGACAUGUAUCAGGUUAAUUUGAUCCUUGAUAACUUGCCAGCAAUAAGGUACACCAAGAAGGAUGGUUACGUUUUGAGGUGGACUGGCUAUCCAGUUGGGAUCAAGGUUCAGGAUUUGUAUUAUGUGUUUAACCAUUUGAAGUUUACGGUUCUUGUCCAUAAAUACGAGGAGACCAAUGUGGCACGCGUAAUGGGGGCUGGAGAUGGAGCUGAGAUGAUUCCUGCUAAUAGAGAUGGUGAGUCUGGUAAGCCUGGGUAUAUGGUUGUUGGAUUUGAGGUGGUUCCUUGUAGUUUCAAGCAUAAUUCAGAUUCAGUGAAGAAAUCGAAAAUGUAUGAGAAGUAUCCUUCGAAGAUACAAUGUGAUCCUACUACUGUGGCAAUGCCUAUCAAGGAAAAUGAGCCCAUUGUCUUUACCUAUGAAGUUACGUUUGAAGAGAGUGACAUCAAGUGGCCAUCACGCUGGGAUGCAUAUUUGAAAAUGGAGGGUUCAAAAGUUCAUUGGUUCUCAAUUCUGAACUCUCUAAUGGUCAUAACUUUCCUUGCUGGUAUAGUCCUUGUGAUCUUCUUGAGGACGGUUAGACGGGAUCUGACCCGAUAUGAGGAGCUGGACAAGGAAGCUCAAGCACAGAUGAAUGAGGAAUUAUCCGGAUGGAAGCUUGUUGUUGGGGAUGUUUUCCGUGCUCCAUCUAGUCCUGCUCUUUUAUGUGUUAUGGUUGGAGAUGGUGUUCAGAUUCUUGGGAUGGGAGUCGUGACUAUAUUGUUUGCGGCUCUUGGAUUCAUGUCACCUGCUUCCCGUGGAACACUUAUUACAGGUAUGCUGUUUUUCUACUUGGUUCUUGGCAUUGCAGCUGGCUAUGUUGCUGUUCGUCUUUGGAGGACCAUUGGAUGUGGGGAUCACAAAGGGUGGGUUUCAGUUGCAUGGAAGGCAGCUUGCUUCUUUCCUGGUAUUGCCUUUUUGAUCUUAACAGUUUUGAACUUCCUACUGUGGGGUAGUCAUAGCACCGGUGCCAUUCCAUUUUCCUUGUUUGUUAUACUACUUUUGCUCUGGUUCUGUAUCUCGGUCCCCCUUACUCUUGUUGGUGGUUAUUUUGGGGCAAAGGCUCCUCAUAUUGAAUAUCCUGUUCGGACAAAUCAGAUCCCUCGUGAAAUUCCAGCUCAAAAGUAUCCAUCUUGGUUGCUAGUUCUCGGUGCUGGCACUCUUCCAUUUGGAACCCUUUUUAUUGAGCUCUUCUUUAUCAUGUCUAGUCUCUGGAUGGGCCGUGUUUACUACGUUUUUGGGUUCCUCUUUAUUGUUAUGAUCCUCCUUGUGGUUGUUUGUGCUGAAGUAUCAUUGGUUUUAACCUACAUGCACCUCUGUGUGGAGGACUGGAAAUGGUGGUGGAAGUCCUUCUUUGCUUCUGGUUCUGUUGCCAUCUACAUUUUCCUGUACUCCGUGAAUUACCUGAUAUUUGACCUUAAGAGUUUGAGCGGUCCCGUUUCUGCCACACUCUACUUGGGGUAUUCUCUCUUAAUGGUCCUAGCAGUCAUGGUCUCAACUGGCACGGUUGGCUUCCUUUCAUCAUUCUGGUUCGUGCAUUACUUGUUCUCUUCAGUGAAGCUAGAUUGAAGAACUCUCGGAUUCUCAAUGGAUUGCCAUUUUGAAGAUAAGUGGUCAGCACUUCUUGAGGAGAAACAAACAUAGUGGUUACACAGUCUAUUUGUUACUUUAUUUUCCUUUAUCUAAUUUGCUAGGGAACUUUUUAAAUGUAAUAUCAAUAAUUUCGUCCAGUUUUGCUUUAUUCUUUAUUAGAUGAAAUAAUCAUGGCGUGAUGGUGGCAGAUAUGAGAGACUUAGUUGGUGGUAGUCCGUAUUGUGGUCUCUACUUUCUACUUGGUUUUCAUGUCCUUGUGGAUUAAACUUAAUGGAGCAUAAUUUCUGUAAUAGUUCUUAAAUUGAAUUGUGUUUGUCAUGCC